GAUUUUGUCAUCCUCCACCGAAGACAAUCAUACCAUGGACGUUUUCAUGGCGAAGACAGAACUAGGCACGCAGCCACGGCAAAUACGGAAUUGGACAAGGAAGGGAAAAAUCAAACAUUUCCAAUGUUAUGAUGUCAGUAGAAGAAGCGUCACAGAACUGCAUUUUACUGAUAGUAGACUGAAAAUUUGGGGCACCAAUGGGUAACAUCAUCCCCCUUCCAGCGAACCCUGUCUUCGACCAACAGGGGGCAGCACCGGUGAUGAACAUACCUCCAGACGGACAAAUGCUGAAUGAUCCUAACAACCCCCAUUCAAAACAGAUGCUGGGGGUUAUUCUCAAUGGUCUCAUACCAAUUGCUGGGAUUUGUCUUUUCGCAUACACUGCUAAAAGACACAGUGAUGAGACCAAGGCCCUGAAAAAAGAUCGAGACUACACUGUCGCAAAACUUGUCAAUGAGCUCGAACAGCAGAAGGGUGUAGGCGAUGGAGGGUCCAGAAGGGGAGCUGCAGGUGAACUAUUAUCAGAGCUAGAGCGUGAAGAGAACAUAAUUCGCCUCGCAAAACUAAAAGAAUUAAGAGUUUACGACGAAACGUUGGAAAAAAUCUUGGAUGUACGUUGUAGUAGGUUUAAGAAAAAGGACCAGAGGAUCCAUUUACAGAAUAUCUUGGUGAAUAAUUUGACUAAACCAACAGGUCAUUUGCAAGGCUUGGACAUGUAUAGAGGUUUGGACGAUGUGUUCACGCAUGAUCAUCAUUUCUGCGCGAAUUCUAAGGAGCAGAAUGGAAAGUUCCGGCAACUGUACGUUGAACAUUGGAGAUUGAAAGUCGAGCUGCAGCGGUAUAAGAACGUAGUUGAAAGGCUGAAAAUUGGCCUGGGGAUGAGUGGGAAUGAGUCGAAGAAAGGUUGAGAACUAUAAAUGUGUUUUUUAGACAACAUUGACACACGGAGUACUAAGCUAACUCAACCCUGUAAGCCAGGAGAGACUUAGAGUUAUUGUGGAAUGAAGGAGGAACUCAGUCUGACCUCUGCAACAACAGAUGCCCGAAAGCCCGUUAUGCUCGUAAUUUGGCUUUUGAUUCUCUGGGGGCCUUUACUCUUUAUUGACGAAACAGAAAUGAGGCUGGGGGGGGGAAGUGUGGCUUACAGCCCAGUGUAAUUCAGCUCGAAUAUAGCACAAC